AUGGGCUCCCUGGACACGCUGCCCGGCGAGGUGCUGCUUUUGGUCUUCGACCAGCUUUCGCUGCUGGAGAGGCACCGCUCGCUGCCCCUCGUCUGCCAGGCCUUUCUCCAGCUGCUGCAUAGCCCGCAGCUGCUGGGGUUCCACCUUGAGAGCACCAUAUCCAAUGGGCAGCCUGAGCCAAGGCUGGUAGAGGUGUCGCUCCAAAACGACGGUCUCGACGACGUCAACUACCUGCCGCGCCUUCGGUCGCUGUGCGAGUGGCUCACGCGGCGCGCAGGGCGGCACAUUCGGCGGCUACAUCUGGAGCUGGGAGGCCCGGACGCUAUUCACACACAUGAGGAGCCAGAGGCGCUGGUCUUGCUGGCCGCUUCCCUGACAGCGUGCAACAGCAUGACCGAGCUUCACCUGACCGGCCUCAGCAUUAGGAGGCUCCCGCUUGGCCCGUGGCUGGCGCUGGCCAGCCUGCGCCACAUCCGCAUCCACAGCGGUGGCCACAUGUCGAUCUCCGGCUCCCUUCGCUCUCUGUCGGCGCUGGAGUCGCUGGAGCUGGAGCCGGAAGAGCGCGAGUUUGGCAUCAGGUUCACACCCGAGGCCCGCCUCCCGGUGUCUCUCACUCGCUUGUGCCUUGGUUAUAAGCAGGAUUUUGACUUCAUGCCCGAUCAGCAUCUGGAGUUGGUGCCCGUCCGCUGGUCCGUGCCCGACUGCCUGUCCCGCCUCACCCAGCUGAAAUCACUGUCAGUAUGCCACGAUACGUAUGUUGAUGAAGAGGACAUCGAAGAAUUACCGCGGCAGCUGCGGCACCUUACCCAGCUCACUAGGCUGGCGCUAGAUAUCACGGCCGACACCGCGCUGACGCUGACCGCCCUCAACCAGCUGCACAGCCUGUGCUGCUGUAGAGCCGGCGAUGACGUGUCCCUGCAUGCUGGCCCCUGGCUGGCCAAUUUGCAGCGCCUUGUUGCGCCCAGCGAGCUGGUUGUGGGCAGCCUGGAAGCCUUGGGUGCCGCGCAGCAGCUGGAGCGCUUGGGCGUAACGUAUGCUGACACACAGCAGCUGGUCACCAUUACAACCCUCGUUGUGCGGGCUGUCUUUGACCUGCCCCUCAACUGGAACCACACAGACUGGCUCAAGGUUCCCCGCGGCCAGGCGCAAGUCACGCUGUACCCCUGGAUGGCGGCAUUCCAGCGGCAGGAGUGCAUGCGCCGCUGGCUGCAGGCCGAGCUGUGCAUGAGCGAGGCGCAGGCGCGGUCUGUGCUGUCCCGCUGCCCGGCCCUGGGGGAGCUGGAUGUGCGGCUGGCGCGGCGCCGCCUCAGGCAGCUGGACAGGCAGCUGGGCGUGAGCAAGAUGGAUGCGGCGCUGCUGGUGCUGCGCCGCCCCGCCAUGCUCCUGCCCGCCAUCAGCGACGUCGUCAGCUAUGCGGUGGGACGCACCGGCCCCGCGCUGCCGGGCUGA